GUUAUAGAUCACGUUAACUACAGAUUUGAUUACAUAAUCAUGACUUCCCGACUAGGCAUAGCGCAGGGUUAUCGCGAUAACCUUAAUGAGAUUCGCGCGGGGAUCUACUUUUCAUCCCACCGCGAAGGCCGCAAACUUUUAUUUAUGGUCAGGACGAAGUCGACUCCGAGCUCAAGCCAUGGAAGACAUCGAAUCAAGAUGCGCGUCCCUUCGCGCCCAGAUUGCUGCUACAGAAGCGCAACUCGCAGCGCUGAAGAAGGAGCUCGAGGCUGCAGAGAAAACGGCUGCCGCCGCGGCGAAGACGAAUGGUGUUACAAGUGCACGUCCGCUUGA